UAUACGAAGAACCCUAAGACUCAGGGCUGAAAGUGUAGUCACGCUGUACCGAAAUUCAGUUUGACGUCGCCUCAAGAAUUUCAGUCGAUCCGGUGACACCGAUCAUAACCAAGGCAUCAUGGCCAGCCAGCACAAGCCUGUUGUCAGCUUCCUCGGCCCAGUCGCCUCCUACACCCAUCAGGCUGUUCGUCAGGCCUUUUCUGAGUCAACAUGGGAAUUCUCCCCUGCAGUUACUAUCGAUGAUGUCUUUGACCAGGUCCAAAGUGGCCAGGUGCAAGCUGGUGUUGUGCCUUUUGAGAACUCCACCAAUGGUUCUGUGAGCUUCACCUUGGACAACCUGGCUGACAGAACGAACCAUUAUCCGGAUAUCACUGUCGAUGGCGAGACAUACGUGGACGUUCACCAUUGCCUUGUUGGUCACAAGAGCCCUGUGCCAGCUGUCGAAGACAUAGCUGAAGGAUCCGGUACUUGCACCCCGACAGCCACAGACCCGUCACCUUCAAAACCGCGGUCCAGGCCCCUGGCGAGUCUCAAGCACAUCCAGCGCUUAUAUUCGCACCCCCAAGCAUUUGGCCAAUGUACCGCUUUCAUCUCCACCUAUCUCAAGGGUGUCGAAAUUUUUGAGGUCAGUUCAACCAGCAAGGCAGCUGAAAUUGUCAGUAAGGACACGACGGGUACCUGGGCCGCCAUCUCAAGCGAGCUCGCCGCUAAACUUCAUGGUCUCGAUUUUCUGGGAAAAUCGAUUGAGGACAGGGAGGAUAACACGACCCGUUUCUUCGUGAUUGGUACAAAUGCUGAAGGCCCCAAAGACCUGGAAAAAACUGAAAAGGCUGUUGCUGAAAAGGGAAGCAAGUCACUUGUCUCUUUCACAGUACCUCACACAUCACCUGGCGCUUUGGCGGAUGUGCUGAGCUGUUUCCGUACAUUCGACAUCAACUUGACCAGCAUCAACAGUCUACCAAGCCUCGUGAAACCCUUCCAGUAUAUUUUCUUCAUCGAAUUUGAGGGUCACAAGUAUGUCGAUCCUGAGGGGCGGGUCAACGGUGCGCUGGAAAAAAUCAGUCGCGUGGCCGAGAGUUGGAGGUGGCUUGGAAGCUGGGAGAGAUACAUAUAACUUUGCCAAAAAGCAACAAACGAAUUAUUCACCAAUUCUAUGACAUCCAUGCAUUCCAUUUGACGACUGGCAGUACCUCUUACAUACACGCGAUGCAAAAGGCAUCAUGACAAGUCAGGACGAACUCCCCGUGGAAACAUAAAAACGGCUUUAGAAGCUUUGGGGAACUCCCCGUGAGCCCAGUGGGGCUGAGUGCGUGCUCUCUAAUGUCGCCCUGACAGGUCUUUCUUUAGCAGGGCCUGGGCGCAUUGAAGAUCACAUAUUUUCUGUACCGCCAUCGGGCCGUCCCACGUCAAAGACAAAAGCUUUACGAACGGAAUAUCGGUCGCUUAUCAACAUCUCACAUUACAUUGUGUAUACUUGCACAAGACCAUCGCCACGGUGCCGCCUUGUGCAGUGUGACACCCAUGGAGAAGAGACUUAUCCCCACUACCCGGGAUACGCGAACAUGUCUGCCAAUGU